AUGUUUGGACAGAUAGUAAUAGGGCCUCCUGGAUCCGGGAAGUCUACUUAUUGUCAUGGGAUGUAUCAGUUUAUGUCAGCAAUUGGAAGAAAGCUGUGCAUUAUAAAUCUCGACCCAGCGAACGACCGAUUACCUUACCCCUGUGAGUUGGACAUACGUGACUAUAUAAGUUUAGAAGAGAUAAUGGAGGAGUUAGAUUUGGGUCCUAAUGGAGGGUUAAUGUAUGCAUUAGAGCUGUUAGACAAACAGGGCAUAGAUUUAUUCAUUGGCAAAAUUGAACAAUUAAUCAACGAGAGCAACUAUUUGUUAUUUGAUUGUCCUGGACAGGUUGAAUUAUUCACUCAUCAUAAUUCCCUCUAUAGAAUUUUCAAAAAGUUAACUCAGCUCAAGCGAUUGAGACUAUGUGUUGUAUCAUUAAUCGAUUGCAUUUAUUUAACUAGCCCCUCACAGUAUAUAUCCAUAUUGUUAUUAAGUUUAAGAUCAAUGCUACAAUUGGAUCUACCUCAUGUAAAUGUUAUCAGUAAAAUAGACAUGUUGAAAAACUAUGGAGACUUGCCAUUCAGAUUGGAUUACUAUACUGAAGCUCAAGAUUUGCAGUAUUUGACUCCAUAUUUAGAAAAGGAAUCUAAUUCGGUAUUGGGACAGAACUAUGUGAGGUUGACAGAACUAAUUGGAGAACUAGUUGAAGAUUUCCAUUUGGUUUCUUUUGAAGUAUUGUCAGUGGAGAAUAAAAAGAGCAUGAUAAGCUUAUUGAGUGUUAUAGAUAAGGCCAAUGGUUAUAGUUUUGGUAGUGAGAUUGGUGGAGAUACAAUAUGGAGUGAAGCUACUCGACAAAAUGGUAGUGGGAAUGGAGGCUAUCAAGAUGUAGAUAUCCACGAACGAUGGAUAGAUCACAAAGAAGAGUAUGAUGCAGAAGAAAGAAGACAAGAACAAGCAUUCAAGGAGAGUCUACCACAAGAAGAAGUGGACAAUAAGCCAUUGACAGAAGAUGAAGAAUGGGAAGCUGCAUUGAAAGACUGGGAAGAGAAACAUGGAGGAGAAGGUGCCAUGUUGAGAUAA